AUGCACCAUUUCGCUGACCACUGUUGCCACAGCGCCAACGGCGUCUCGUACAGCUUUCACCUGCUCCCUUCCGGUCUCAUCAACCCGAAGUGCACCAACUUCAUCGGCUCCGACGUGAGCUUCCACGUCCCUUCGUUUUUCUCAGAAUUGAAGCAGCUUGACGAGAAAGGACUCUCCGAUGUCUACAGCCGGAUCUUUGUGUCUGACAGGGCCCAUAUCAACUUUGACCUUCACGCCGCCGUCGAUGGUCUCGAGGAGAUCGAGCUAGGAGCGCAAGAUCGGCACCACUGGCCGCGGGAUUAUAAGUCCACCUUGUUCAUGCCCUUGACAACUCAAGCUAACUUUACUGUGAACGGACCCUCGUACAGUACCAAGGCUGCCAGGAGCGGAAUUCGAUUAGCCGACGUGUUCGACCAAGAAUUAUUCGAAGCAAAACUGCGUCGACUAGCUUAUGGCUACAAGGCCCGAUACGGCGAUCUGCUCAAGUACGAUGUCGACGAGGAGAUUAAGCGAUUCCGCGGAUACCGUACGGAGCUCGCAAAAUAUGCCAUUGACGGUUUAAGCUUUAUGCAUUCUGCACAAACGAGCGACAUGAACAUGAUUAUCGAGGGUGCAAAUGUUCGUGCUCUCAUCUCCCAGGAGGCUGUAAUGCUCGACAUCUCGAUGGGAUCAUACCCCUAUGUCACUUCGUCCAACACCACAAUUUCUGGCAUCAUUGCCGGCUUGACGCUCAACCCCAAGAACAUUACGGAGACCAUCGGGGUGGUUAAAGCCUGGUCGGAACGAAGCUCCAGGAGAUUGGCCGCGAAUGGGGAACAUCCACAGGCCGAAGACGUCGCUGUGGCUGAUCUCGUUGUAGUGAAGCAUGGUCACAUGAUCAAUUAUUACACCUCGUUGAACUUGACCAAGCUCGACGUACUCGAUUCCUUCGAGACAAUCAAGGUAGCUAUUGCGUACAAGGACAAGAGCACAGGCAAGGAGCUUGACUGCUAUCCGGCGGACCAUAACACACUCGAUAACGCCGAAGUCGUCUACCACGAAAUGCCUGGGUGGAAGAAGCCGACAACCAGCGCCCGGACAUACUACGACCUUCCCAAGCAGGCCCGGGAUUAUGUCGAGUACAUUGAGAAGUUUGUUGGAGUCAAGAUAAAAUGGAUCGGCACCGGUCCCGACCGCGAAGAUAUGAUUACGCGUGGCUAG